AUAAUAAACUAAGAAAACACACUCUCAACUCACUCUCUCUCUGUCUCUCUCUCUAUGAGUGUGCUUUUCUCUCUCUGAAAUUCCCGAAUUGCUCCCAAUUUUCUCACUCCAACGCUCCAAAACUCUUCGAAUACGAAUUCUGCAAUGCGUGAUCUUACGAUUCCCUUCAAUUUCGAGUACUGAUACCGAGUUUUCACCGAGUUGUUCGACUCACUUAGUUGGGAACUGAAAUGCUUGAAGCUGUGGAGAGUUCCGUCAAUGGCGGAUUUUCGCAGUUGCAGAGUUGUGGAGAUAGCAGCGAAGAAGAGCUCUCUGUUCUGCCACGUCACACCAAGGUCGUUGUGACUGGUAACAACCGGACCAAGUCGGUGCUCGUUGGUCUCCGAGGCGUGGUCAAGAAGGCUGUUGGGCUCGGAGGGUGGCAUUGGCUGGUUCUUACAAAUGGCAUAGAGGUAAAGCUACAAAGGAAUGCCCUUAGUGUGAUUGAAGCUCCUACUGGUAACGAGGAUGAUGAAGACCUUGAAUUUGAGAAUGUGCAGUGGAAUGGCUCAGAUUUGGGCGAGUUAGCAUCCGAUGAUACUCAAAAGUCCUACAGAUCAAGGCAUCGCAUGCAUAAAUUAUCAUGGUCGUCCCACAAGACUAUGAGCAGGUCCCUCUCUUGUGAAUCACAAUCAAAGGGAUCAUCUGUGUCUACUCCUUGGGGGUCCACGGUUGACCUAAGUAAGCUGGAGAUGGCUGCAUUAUGGAGAUAUUGGCGACACUUUAAGCUUGUGGAUGCCAGUCCCAACCCAUCUAAAGAGCAACUAAUUGAUGUUGUCCAGAGGCAUUUCAUGUCACAGCAAUUGGACGAGUUGCAGGUCAUUGUGGGGUUUGUGCAAGCUGCAAAAAGAUUGAAGCGAGUGUGCAAAUGAUGAUGAGCGAGAAAGCGAGAUCUUUAAAUAUGGUUGUCGAUGCUAACAGAUAUUAGUACCUAAAUAUCCUGCUUCCCUCUGCAGUAAUGUCUGUAACUAAUGUAUCCCUGUUUUGUUUUGCUUUUGUUGUGCCUAUAGUUGGUCUCAUUUACUUUUUAAGUCCAUGGAGGUUCUUACUUUGUUGGUAGUCGUAGUUAUGUAAAUAUAUGUAAACUCUGGUGAAGAGACCUCUACAGGGACAUGUAACUUUUCUAAGCUUGGUUGAAUGAAUUGCUGACUGAGGGGAGUGGUUUUUUAAUAAAUGUAAAGUCUUAUCCGUGGCGAGCCAUUGGGAAUUUA